AUGCUUCACCGCAGGGAAGUUGACCUCGACCAGUGGGCCAUCCACAACGCUGCAGGGCUCUACGCCGCCGAUGCUAUCAAUAUCCUCUCUGUCGGAGUUCAACUAGUCAUGCUCAUAUACGGCCUAUCCUGCUUCCUGGAGACCCCCUACGCACGCCGCAAGGGUCGACUCCGCUACAUCAUCUUCAGCCUCUGCAUCACGGCGCUGAGCAUGAUGGGGACUGGUCUCAACCUAUCCGAGCAUUUCCGCACCGUUUACUAUUCUGUACCUGGAGCCGACUACCUGGAACAAAAUGGCAUUGCCCAAAAAAGCUGGGAGCUUCGCCUUUCUCUGGCCCUGGCGUAUGUUGGCGUAACACUGGGAGACGGGCUUCUGGUAUAUAGAUGCUAUGUGAUAUGGAAUGGUCUUAAAAGGGUCACGAUUCCCCUCUUUGUGGGCUAUAUAAGUUUCAUAGCCAUUACAAUCACGGAAGUCGUCCGUCAUGCCAGCGGCAUCGCCCAACGCUCCGAGAACCAGCGAGCAAUGUCCCUAAAGAUCCACAUCGUCUACAUCCUCGUCACCCUCCUGCUGAAUAUCUCCGCAACAUCGCUCAUCGUCUAUAGACUCCUCAACGCCCAGAAAAACUUUACCAACACACUCCCAGGUCGCAAGAUGUCCGUGUACACCAACGUAUCUCGGAUUCUGAUCGAAUCCGCGCUUCCAUUGACCAUUUUCGGGUUUAUCUACGCCGUGCUGGUCAUCAUCACCAUUGCGACUCGGUCCCCCUCCGGUGUCCCAAACCUCGCAUACAACACCGCAUCCGCAAUUAUGAGUGCGGUCUACACGGCCUUUGCUGCAUUGUCUCCCCAAAUGAUCAUAUUUAGGGUCAACACGGGCAGAUCAAUCACGCACAGAGAUGGGGAAAACACGACCUCCUUGGACCCCAAGGGUCUGUCGCAACCACUCGCAUUUAAAGGCGCUGACCUGUCCAGCUUUGGAGACUCUGCGCAUGAUCGACACGGCGUGGAGUUUGGCCACGAAAAGGGACCCCAACUUACCAACCCGUAA